AUGUUGCGUGUUAGUCGCUCAAGGUACAUAAACUGUGUUUGUGCAGAUCGCAGCAAUCAUCUGAAGCGCUUUUGGUCGAUAUUCAAAUUGAAAUCCAAGGUUUGCAACGUUCCUGAGAAAGUGUCGAUGGCUGAAAGUGAAGGUGCAAGAACAUCUGCAGAAUCGCCAGAAGCCAUCGCAUCCAUCUUUAACACCUAUUUCACUUCAAUCUUCACCAGAGAUCAACCUAGCACGGAAAAAUAUUCGCGUACGAUCGACGAAGAUUGUGACCUUUCUACAAACACCACCUUGUUAGAAGACAUCACGUUAACACCAGAUCAUGUUGCUGCAGUCUUAAGAACUCUUGACAAAGAUAAAGCACACGGACCGGAUGGUAUCCCCGCUCGUCUACUUACAGAAACAGCGUCAGUAAUAGCACCAUCGCUUUGUGAUCUGUUCAACAAGUCACUGCGCACUGGAGUAGUACCGCGAGAAUGGAAACUGGCCAAUGUCGUUCCUGUUUUUAAGAAGGCCGGAGAUAAAGAAUAUGUUGAAAAUUAUAGACCAAUAUCUCUGCUGUCUUUAAUAUCUAAAGUACUGGAACGCUGUUUGUUCGAAUGCAUCAAAGAUCGCGUGUUUAGCCAGAUUAAUCCUUGUCAACAUGGCUUCAUCCCAGGAAGAAAUUGCGUCACUCAGUUAAUCGAAGUGUUCGACACGAUUGGUAACUUGUUGGAUCGUGGUAAACAAAUCGAUGUCUUAUACCUGGACAUGUCGAAAGCCUUCGAUAAGGUGAGCCACACGCGUCUUCUCCUUCGUCUACGUGAUUUCGGAUUUAGUGGUAACAUCCUCAAAAGAUUCCAAUCAUACUUACAAGAUCGUAGACAACAAACGACAAUCCUUGGAGCAACAUCAUCUCCUACACCAGUAACUUCAGGAGUACCUCAAGGCUCAAUUCUUGGUCCACUACUGUUCUUGUUAUACGAAAACGGCCUACCUUCCAGUAUCGUGAGUUCUUCUAUCGCAACUUAUGCUGAUGACACCAAAUUAUUUAAAGAGAUAAACUGCCUUGAUGAUGCUACAGCGUUGCAGGAUGACCUAUUAAACUUUGAAACCAGUUCCUCGAAUGCUGGUCUUCAAUUAAACACUUUGAAGUGUAAAACUCUCCGUGUUACCAGAAGGCGCGAGACAAUCGAGCAUCAAUACAGUCUGGUUAACCAAACCUUAGAGACCUCAAAACAUGAAUUUGAUUUGGGUGUAUGGAUCUCCAACAACUUGACCUGGCGAAAACAAGUCUUGGAACAAUGUUCAAAGGCAAAUAAAUUGCUGGGAUUUGUAAAACGAUCCACAAGAAACAUCACCAGUCAAUCAGCGCGUCGUGCCCUCUACCUAACUCUC